CUCCCGAACCAUGAGAUCAUGACCUAAGCUGAAGUCAGAUGAUUAACUGACUGAGCCACCCAGGUACCCCUACUCACAAUUUUUAAAAGAUGUUUUUGAGUAGUCCUCAAUUAGAAAUUAGAAUUUGGUCUAUCAAACAAGAUGUAACCCUCACAUUUAAAACGUCCAUAGUGAACAAUGAGCAAAAACAAUUUAAGUGUACUACUAAUGUAGUCAAGGCAUGUACUGUGGUUAAUAAAACACUUUGAGUCUGCGAGUUCCAAAUUUAGAUCCUGGUUCAACCACUUCCCAGACCUCAAGUGCCUUCUGUAACCUCUCUAACCUCACUGUUUUGAUUUGUGAGAUGAGGACAUUUAAUAGUGCCUGUCUUAGAAUUAUUAUAAAAAUUAAAUAACACCUGUAAGGAGCUUAGCACAGUACCUGAUACAUGUUAUAUAUUAGGAAGUAUUUCCCAAAUGAUUUCAGAUUACCAAAAGGAAGAUUCUGGAGGAAUCUUUUCUAUUUCCAAGGUCACUGAUAUUUCACCUGUGAUCUUUUUGGUGCUGUUUUCAUCUCAACGUACAAAUGCUUUGCUUGUAACCUUGCAUCCUCUACUUGUUGCUCCCACUAAAUAAGUUUUUCCUACAAGAUAAUGCAGUUUAUACUGGUGCUAAAUAACUUUGUGAUAUUGUUAGCCAUGGGUCUGUUCUUUGGUGCCUAGCUGGCUGUCUUUGAGCUUUCUCCAGAAUCUUAAAGAUCUUUUAAGGCUACUAACUAGAAGAUAAUCAUUCUUUUAAUCAAGUACUCAGUAAAUGUUAUGACAAAACAUAGUUGUCUAGUUAAAGAACUUAACAGGUAAACCCACAGCCCAGAGGUUUAUCAGCCACUUCCACAAGGUGGAGGUAUGAGUUCAUUAGGUUCUCAGGGAGAACACUUCCCUGAGGUGUAAGUUUAUUUCAAGUCGCAUUCAAUAUUCUGGGUGGCUAAGGCUCACCAUCUCCAUUAUUCUUCAUCUCUCUUCAGAACAUCUCCCUAGAGAGCAUCAGGCCAUAUCUUAGUUUGACCUUGAUUUGCUAUAUGAAGGUCUGGAACCACCUUAUGCAACUGUAGAAGGCUGGGAAUGAGGUAAAGUUCAAAAUAACUGUGAGUUACACAGUUGUGUAAUAAUAAGGAGUGUAGGAAUAACUCCAAAGUCUACAACACAGUGAGGGACUAAUAUUGUUACAUUUUAAAUGUAAGUUUUUCUUUUGUCUUACUAUUUUAAAUAAUAAUGACAUUAAAAUUAGUAUUUUAUGUAACAUUUAGAAUCAGAUUAUGUAGGCUUAAUUCCAUAAAUAGGAGUGUGCCUCAUAAUACAAAUAAAAUACAAUCCUUGGAAUAUUUGUCACAAUAUUACAUGGUUCCAUAUAAAAAAAAGUAACCACUUGAAAUGAAUGAAUCCAAUAAGGGUGAUUACUAUAACUGCUUUUAGUGGAAGAGGUUCAGCUUACAUUAGGAAUAAAAAUACAACAUUAACCCGUACAUUUUGCACGUGCUUGAUGUUGUCUAAAGAUACUGAGGAAGUAUACAGACUUAAGAUAAAAUUUUUGUUGACCUAAAGCAUCCGCUAUAUUUGAAGAAACAAGAUUAAACACAUAACAAUUAAAGGACAGUACAAAGUCAACUGUACUGAAAGCCUGACACCAUUGAUCUCACUGAGGAACCUCCAAGGACAGUGGAUAAGUGAAAGUUCAGAGUGAUUUGGUGAAUUAUAGGGAAGAGGGAUUUGGUUGAAUAGGUAGAUUAAAAAAAAGAGUUUGCAAAGAGGAAAUCAUGCAGAAGACAAAUAAAUGUAGUGUGCUAUGGUUGGGAAAGGGGUAUUGUGCAGCAAAUGACCAAAUUAAAGAUUAUUUUAAAAUUUUUGUUAGAAUUUACCUUGAUGUAUUGGAAAGGAGCAAUUGUAGAUUUUGAGCAGUGUAAUGAUUUGAUUUUAAAGGGGGUGGUGAGGCACCUGGCUGGCUCUGUUGGUAGAGCAUGCAACUCUUGAUCUUGGGAUCAUGAGUUCAAGUCCCACAUUGGGUGUAGACAUUAUUUAAAAAUUAAAAAGAAAAAAAAAUUAAUUAAAAACUAAAAAUAAAGGGGAUGGAAAGGGGAACUAGGGAAACUUUGUCAGUGUGGGUAGAUUGGAAGGAAUCUUGAACAGAAGCUAAAAUGUUGCCCAGUCUGCAUAAGUAUUAAGGUUUACACAAUCUGGAAUAGAAUCUUACUAUUAUACUGGAGGUGUAAACAUUCUUGAUUGGUUUUUUAUUUUAGAGAUGAGAAAACAUUUUUAGAUGUAAAAUUACUUGCCCAAAAUCACAUGGAGUGAAUAGGGUUGGGAGUGAGUGGGAGGAAAAAAUGGAAUUGGUAAGUACCAGGAAGGUGAAAGGUAGAAAAACCAGAGUAUCUGUGGUUUAGAAUUUGGUAUCCAGCCCAGGGGUCUCUUUUGCAAAGUCACUAAGGUCAACAAACUUUGACUUGUCUUCCUGGUGUUGUGGAGGUAUGAGAGGAGACAGUCCUUACAACCAGGUCCAGGUUUUGAGUCCUAUUCUCCACAAAAUUUCCUCCCUUUUUAGAAAACAUGUUGGGUUUUUUUUUGUUUGUUUUUUGGUUUUUUUUUUCCAUGAUAAGUCUUUCAUUUUUCUCACAGGCCCAAGAAAACCGAUCUCAGUAGACUGAAGCUCUGCCUGGAACAUUUCUGGUUGUUCAUGAGGAGGUAGGAGGGGAUUAAGGUGGUGAGGUGAGGAGUAGUACUUUUUCCUUGAGCUCAAAGCUACUGAGGUACCUGGGGAGGAUCAGAAGAAUAUAUCAUUCUCUAACUUGGUCUUUCUCUAGUUUUCAAUUCGUAGAAACAUAGGCCCCCUUUGUAUGCAGUUUUCUAUUCCUCUUUCAAACAAAUUUUGAAAAGAAAUAUUUCUUCUGUGUCAACAGGAUACAUGCUAAGUGCAGUACUCUGAUAGUGACUGCAAAGGAAGUGAAAUGGAAAUUAUAGUUUACAAUGUGAAAUGGAUGGGCGCGAGGCUUUUAUCUUAAUGUACUUGAUCCUCUAGAGAUGAGUAGCUAUCAGUUGGCUCAGGCUCAGUUACUGCAGUGGAGUCUGCAUGCCUACAUGCCUGGAAUCUCACCAUCUUCACUACAGCCUCACCUACAGGCCCAUUCUCCUGUUUCACCUACCCCAGGCUCCUCCAGGACAGAACAGAUCAUGAAGUGAGGGGGCACAGAGGAUAGUGGAGACGUUUUUGCUGCAUUGUGCAUGAAAUGGUACAAAAUAUACCACCUUGAUUUCUCAUCUUCUCAAAGAGUUCUGUACUCCCUGGGAGCUUAGAUAUGAAGUUUACUAUGGGAUUAGAAGUGAUCUGUUUGAAGACCAGUCCAGCUUUUAGGAAAUAAGUAUGAGGACUGUGAGCCCAGAGAAGACAUGACUUCUUCAAAGUUAUACAGGGGACAGCACAUUUGAAGAUGGAGGACCAAAAGAAAUACCCAAGUCGGAAAGCUGUACACCAUUCAGGCAGAAUCCGGUUGGAGAGGAAAGCUGGUCUCAUGAUUAGCGAGCUUCCCCAGCUAGCCUGUAGUCCAGGACUGCAAGAAUUCAGGCAUGAGGACACUGUGCAGCAGGCUCACACAGGCAGACCCAAGAUGGACAGAACCUUGGAAUCCCUGAGACACAUCAUUGCCCAAGUCUUGCCUCACAGAGACCCGGCUCUAGUCUUCAAAGACUUGAAUGUUGUGUCAAUGUUACAGGAAUUUUGGGAAAGCAAGCAGCAGCAGAGGGCUGCAUUCCCAAGUGAAGGCGUGGUGGUCUAUGAGUCACUGCCAUCUCCAGGACCGCCCUUUGUGAGUUAUGUGACCCUCCCAGGGGGAAGCUGUUUUGGCAACUUUCAGUGCUGCCUAAGUAGAGCUGAGGCCAGACGGGAUGCAGCUAAAGUGGCCCUAAUCAACUCCCUCUUCAAUGAGCUGCCCUCUCGAAGGAUCACUAAGGAAUUCAUUAUGGAGAGUGUGCAGGAAGCAGUUGCCUCCACCAGUGGCACUUUGGAUGAUGCAGAUGACCCCAGCACCAGCAUUGGAGCCUACCACUACAUGUUAGAGUCAAACAUGGGGAAGACCAUGCUGGAAUUUCAGGAGCUGAUGACCAUUUUCCAACUACUGCACUGGAAUGGAAGCCUAAAAGCCCUUCGUGAAACAAAGUGUUCCCGACAGGAAGUCAUCUCCUACUAUUCCCAGUAUUCCCUAGAUGAAAAGAUGCGCAGCCACAUGGCCCUGGACUGGAUCAUGAAAGAGAAGGAAUCUCCAGGAAUUCUCUCUCAAGAGCUACGGAUGGCCCUGAGGGAGUUGGAGGAAGCUAGGAAAGCAGGACAAGAACUGCGGUUUUACAAAGAAAAGAAAGAAAUCCUGAGUUUAGCCCUGACUCAGAUCUACAGCGAUCCUGACACCUCCUCACCCAGUGAUGAUCAGCUGAGCCUAACGGCUCUUUGUGGCUACCACUAGCAAGGCCAGGUUCCAGCUGGCCUGAGGUUGGCAGAGGCUGGACUCUAACAUUAGGAAGCUCAGUGAAGGAAGUUGUUGGAGGCUUUACCACCUACAGCUACCACCUGAAGGCUGUACUAAUUCUUCCCACCCAUUCCAUUCAUAGACUCUCAGAAUAAUAGGAUCCUUACAGGUCCCAACAAUUUUCCCAUCACACUUUCAAGAGUUCCUCUUCUUACUGAAAAGAUGGAGACAGAAUUGUUUGAAAAACAUUUCCCAGGUUUGGCUCUAACCUAAAGCCCUGUUGACAUGUGCCUUCCUAGAUUAUGUAUGUUGUUUUAAACAAUGGGCCAGUGUAGCAUCCCCCAAAAGAACACCAGCUGGGACUGGGGAAAGUAGCAUGAGAGCAAUUUUUAAAAAUAGUUGGGAUUAAAUAAACAACAUAGAAAAUACACAUGGGUCAGAAUUUCUUCCUAAGCUUUAUAAACUAAGAGACACUUCUACUCUACUAGGUAAAAUCCAAAAUUCCAGUGGCAAUUUUAUCUGGACAUCCCACUAUCAAAGAUCUAAAGUGGUAAUAGUGAAAAUAUGUGAUAAAUUUAACUUGGCUUAAAAUGCCAGUUAUAAUAUUUAAAAAAAAAUCCACACUCUUCGGUAUGGGGAUAAAUUUCACCUAGAAUAGUACUCCUAUUCCUCAAGAAGAAUUAGUAUCUAAUUUUAAUGAGUCCUGCAAACAGUGAUGUUCAUUUUUAACUUGCAAAUAGAUAACUCAGAUUGAUUUGUUUUUAUUUUUGCCACCACAGUCAUCUAUGUAUCAUGGAGACAGUCACUGGAUUUUGAAAAAUCAUUAGCUUUUAACAGUGCUUGCAUUUGAUUAGUUUCUCGUGCGUUAGAGAGAAGGAGUCUUUAACUGUCUUUAUUGUUGUUCAAGAACAUAAGCCAGGAGUAGUUCAAAUGUAGUGUCAUUUCCAAGUUUUAAUUAGACAUUGUCAUCUCUCUUUGAAAAUGGCUUGGGUCAAUUAACUGAUUAGAAAACCAAAAGCAAAUACAGACCAAUUUUUAGAUGGUUUCUGGUCACUCAAAUUUAAGAAUGGCAGCAGUGUGAAUUUUAGACAUUUGUAGGAAUUUCCAACUUUAUAACACAAAAAGGAUUAUCUUGCGUUUAGUCCAAUAAUUCAAAAUAAAGGAUACAGUUUUUUCAAUGUUAAAUAAGAUUUCUUUUUCUUCAUGUUUAAGUGAAUGCAAACUAACGUUCCUGAAGGCUAAAACCAUUAUAUUUACAUUAAAGUUUACAAAAGCAUGAUAGCUUAACUUCAUAUAUAAAUAUGUGCAGAUGUAAUUAUCACUCCUUAAGUCCCCAUGAAAACUAUAUAUAUGGAUCAUGUAUUUUGGAAUUAGCCUUUAAAAUAAAAAAAUUAAUUUCAGAUAUCAUAUUUCUCACACCAGGGGAAAAUUUAGCUUCUUACCUACUGCCUUACUCUGUCGUGAAAGGUAAUACUAUAAAUAUUAGAUAAAUUUAAUUUAAAAAUAUUGUGUUAACAAAUGUCACAUUUCUCCCCAAAAUGAGGCUAAAUGUCACCUAGAAUAAAACUAAAACUAUAUUCCCUUAUAAUCCUAAAAAGGAAUUCGAAUUAAUAUUUGCAAGUUGAAUAAAUUUUAACAUUAAGGAAACUUUCUGUUAAAAGCAAUUUUUUCAUAAAGUCAUUACUCUUUAUCAUUUCAUAAAACUGUAAUUUCCCACGUUAGGUGUGAUUAUAGGUAGGUCCAUCUUUGCUGCAUUUGCAGCUUUUGACCAUGACCACCUAAAGCUGACACCAUCUAAUUAGAUCCAGGAAGGGGAAUCAGCAAGGAAAAUGUUAAAAUUUAUUCUUUGCUCUAUAAUUAGAAAACUGUACCUAUUACGUGAACUAAAAGCAUUGCCUUUGGCCAAUGGCAGUUUUCCCAGCUGGUCAGAACUGCCCACUCUUCCUGGAAUGGUAUGUAACCUAUAGCGAAAGAAACAAAAUUCAGAAUCUCUGCCAUUGCUGGAGGCUUUUAAUGCUCAUUUAUAGCAAAUCAAUUUUAGCUAAGACAUAAGGGCUGCCAGUACAUCACUUAAACAUUUAUAAUUCCAGACCUAAGAAGAGCCAUGUUGAAAAGCAAAGUAGAUUCUUCUUCUUCUUCUUCUUCUUCUUCUUCUUCUUCUUCUGUAUCUUGUUCUCAGUGAUACACUGUGUUGAAGGGGAUCAGAGUGGAAGAUUCUCUAUUUUAAAUAUAUGGAGUUCUGGGUCCUAAACUUUUGUGGUUAUAAUGCCUUUGAGAAUCUGAUGAAAGCUAUGGACCUUCUCCUAGGAAAAUAGAGUGAAGCAUAUACCUUCAAAUUUAUGCAAACAGUUUCAGAGAGUUUGUGAACCUCCCCAACGUCCAUGGAUUGCUCUAAGGACCUCCAAUUUAGAAUCUUGAGUACAGACUUAUAGUCUCAAACUUUUCAGCAUGGAUCCAAACUAGCUCAGACCAGCCCUGUGUAGCCUAUUUCUAAGAUAAAUGUUAUCAUCCUUAAAUACAGAAUUGUACUGCAUUUUGACAAGAAUGGUUUAAUCUUCACAAAGUCCAAAUAUACCAAAUUGCUAUGAAAAAACAGCUUAAAACAAACUAGUCACUAAGUGUGUGAACCUAUUAGAAUAUUGUCAAUCUAAUAAAGACAUUAUUCCUCUAA